AUUUUCCUUCCGUCUUUGCCCAUCAUCAUCGUCAUUAUCGUCGUCGUCCUCAUUAUCACCACAUAUGUCGCCAUCCUAAAGGGCUGUUCUGUAGGUCAAAAACGGAGGAACUUCCUGUACAGGAAAAGUUGGUGCCGGAUCGAGCCUGACCAAGUGGACCUCAUCCCAAAUCUUUCCAAGCCCCCUCCACCAUGGCUUCCAAACUGAACCCCAACGUGCUCUACGUGGCCGAGCCCAGCGAGUCGGCCCAAGCGGAUGGCGAGAGGACACCUCUUGCCGGCGAUGCGGGAGACGAGUCUUCCGACAGCGACGGUGAGCAAGAGGAGACGUCGCACAAGCUCAUCCGCAAAGUGUCCACUUCAGGACAGAUGCGGGCCAAGAAGAGCGUGAAAGAGGGAAACCUGUUGAAGCAGACAAGUUCCUUCCAAAGAUGGAAGCGCCGCUACUUCAAGCUCCGAGGGAGGACGCUCUACUACGCCAAGGACUGUAAGUCUCUUAUUUUCGACGAGGUGGACUUGUCAGACGCCAGCGUGGCCGAAACCGGCACCAAGAACGUCAACAACAGCUUCACAGUGAUCACUCCUUUUCGCAAAUUGAUGCUGUGCGCCGAGAACAGAAAGGAAAUGGAAGACUGGAUCGGGGCACUCAGAUCUGUCCAGAAGUGGGAAAUCUAUGAGGCCAGCCAGUUCAACGUGGAGCAUUUUUCGGGCAUGCACAACUGGUACGCCUGCUCGCACGCCCGGCCCACCUUCUGCAAUGUCUGCCGGGAAGCUCUGCCGGGCGUCACCUCUCACGGCCUUUCUUGCGAAGUGUGCAAGUUUAAGGCUCACAAGCGCUGCGCCGUUCGCUCCACCAACAACUGCAAGUGGACGACGCUGGUUUCCAUCGGCAACGAUAUCAUGGAAGAUGAGGACGGGGUGGCCAUGCCCCACCAGUGGCUGGAAGGCAACCUGCCCGUCAGCGCCAAGUGCGUGGUGUGCGACAAGAACUGCGGGAGCGUGCGGCGGCUGCAGGACUGGCGCUGCCUCUGGUGCAAGGCCAUCGUCCACAACAGUUGUAAAGAGCAAAUGGGAAAAGUGUGUCCCCUGGGUCAGUGUCGAGUGUCCAUCAUCCCUCCUACUGCACUUAACAGCAUCGACUCUGACGGAUUCUGGAAGGCCACGUCGGCGUCCUGCUCCAGUCCUCUCCUGGUCCUCGUCAACUCCAAAAGUGGCGACAACCAGGGAGUCAAGUUCCUACGCAAGUUCAAGCAGCUCCUCAACCCGGCCCAAGUCUUUGACCUGAUGAACGGCGGGCCAGAGCUCGGCCUGCGCCUCUUCCAGAAGUUUGUGACGUUUCGUAUCUUGGUGUGCGGGGGUGACGGCAGCGUGGGCUGGGUGCUUUCGGAGCUGGACAAACUCAACCUCCACAAGCAGUGCCAGCUGGGCGUGCUGCCGCUGGGCACCGGGAACGACCUGGCUCGAGUUCUGGGCUGGGGAGGCCUCUGCGACGACGAUGCGCAGCUGUUGCAGAUCUUGGAGAAGCUGGAGAGGGCCACCACCAAAAUGCUGGACCGGUGGAGCGUGAUGACCUACGAGGUUCCUGCCACCUCCAAAUGCGCGCCGUCGGCCAAGGAAGACGACACCCUCGACUCUUCCCUCCAAGUUCACAUCACUCAAUAUGCCGACUCCGUGGCGUCCCACCUGGCCAAGAUCCUGGAUUCAGAUAGACACAGUGAUGUCAUUUCCUCCGCAAAGUUCCUCUGCGGGACGGUGAAUGAGUUUGUGGCAGAGGUGGGCAAAGCGUACGAGAGAGCCACGGAGAACAAGGAGGAAGCGGAUGCCAUGGCAAAGAAGUGUGCUUUGCUGAAUGAGAAACUGGAUUCCCUGGUCAAAGCCUUAAGUGAGGAAGCUGAAGCUCAGGUCGUUCCUGCGGGUUCCCUGGCCAGCCCGGAAGGCGGUGGCUCAGACCCCGAUAAAUAUGGAAGCGACGCGUGCUCCGACGGGCAGAAUUACCGCUCUCGGGAGCAGCUGAUGCUGCGGGCAAACAGUCUGAAAAAGGCACUGAGGCAAAUCAUCGAACAGGCCGAGAAAGUGGUGGAUGAGCAGAACCGACACACUCAGGACCACAAGAUGUGGUCGUCAUCUACCCUCAAGCGGGAGAACAGCGAGGAACUUUGCCAAGCUUCCUUCUGUCCCAGCUACAGCAGUCCGUCCUCGUCCAUUGUCCUGGAGAAACCGGCGAGCCUCCACACGGUCAACUUCAACGACGACUCGGUACAAUGUUGGGAGAAGUGUGUGAUGAACAAUUACUUUGGCAUCGGUCUGGAUGCCAAGAUCUCGUUGGAGUUCAACAACAAGCGCGAUGAGCAUCCUAAAAAGUGCAGCAGUCGCACAAAGAACAUGAUGUGGUACGGAGUUCUGGGGACGAAAGAGCUGGUCCAGAAGACCUACAAAAACUUGGAACAGAGGAUUCAGCUGGAGUGCGAUGGCGUGGCCGUUCCUUUACCAAUCCUCCAGGGCCUGGCCGUGCUCAACAUUCCCAGCUACGCGGGAGGCAUCAACUUCUGGGGGGGCACCAAAGAAGACAACAACUUUGGUGCUCCGUCUUUCGACGACAAGAAGUUGGAAGUCGUGGCGGUGUUUGGCAGCAUGCAGAUGGCUAUGUCCAGAGUUAUCAACUUGCAGCACCAUCGCAUUGCACAGUGUCGCCAGGUGAAGAUCACCAUCCUGGGGGAGGAGGGCGUCCCCGUGCAAGUGGACGGCGAGGCCUGGAUCCAGCCGCCGGGGAUUGUCAAGAUCCUCCACAAGAAUCGAGCGCAGAUGCUGACCAGGGACAGGGCGUUUGAGAGCACGCUCAAGUCGUGGGAGGACAAAUUAAAAAUCGACAGCGACCGUGCCAACAGACCCCGCCUCAACUCGCAGCAGUCCAUGGAGUACCUGACGGAGGAGGAGUGCGCCCAGGUGCAGCAGCUGGGCAUCGUGGCCGACACGCUCAUCAGCAAGAUCCGCGAGACCGCUAAGACCCACAAGCUGGUGGAGCAAGAGCUGGCGCAUGCUGUCAACGCCAGCGCCAUGGUGCUGACUGAGGCCAAGCUGUCCAGCCCCGAGUUUCUGAGUCGCAGUACGGCCGUGGAAAUCGUCAACAGCAGCAAAGUUCUGCAGGCGGAGACGAGCAUGCUUAUGGACGGACAACAUCUGUCCGAAUGCCCCGAGGAGGCAGAGCUCCGCUUAACCCUGAACAGCUUGGGUGCUGAGCUCCACAAGCUGGUCGAUAUCCACUGGAUCUGUCCGCUGAUGCACUGUGCUGAGGGAGAGUCGGUGCGUCCCAGCAGUAAGAGCAGCAUAAAGCUAAAGAUCAUGCCUAAAGUCAAGAGGGAGAAGGACAAGCUCCACAAGCAGAAGUCCAACAGCUCACUCUCAGGAACAUCGUCAAGUGCGGGACUCUUGAAGGCCAAUCUCCAAGCAAGUGACGAUCUUUCCCGGCCUCUCAGUUUGACCGCCGCCGAUGGCGAGACGCCUUCCCCCAGAGCUGGCCUGACUGAGAGCCACCGAUGAUGAGCUGGUCGUUUUGCGUUUUCCUGCUGUAAGGUUGUUUUCAAAAGGGUCUGCUAGCCUGCGCUAUCAAAAGAGCCUUCAACAAAUGUGUCUUUUUGUCAGAAACAAUGUUUACAACGUCGCUUGCAUGCCGGGUGCAGCCAUCUGUUCCGACCCGCCUACUGCAGGCUUGCAAACGGAAUUGCGCUCAGAUUCAAGUGAGACUUUUGGCGACGCCUUGUGACCUUCCAUGACAACUGAAUCCGUUGUGCAGAAAAAAUCUUACUUGUUGGGGGGGAGACAAAAAAACAUUAUGAAUGUAAUUAGUGUGGUGAGCUAUGAAUAGUACUCCUGAUAAUAAUCCUAAUCUUAAUAAUGUGCACAUCCAAAGUGCUCAAGCGGAUCUUCGUUUUGCUUGUCGUGGCCUCAGCAGGUAGUCCAGAGGUCACAGGGUGACUUACAAGCAGCUGAUUGUAAAUGUAACGCACCAAUGUGAGCCUUCGCUUUGCAAGUGAUUCCCAAAUCUUCUUGUGGCUUUGCUGCUUUCCCGUGCAGAUCGGGAAUGGAGAAAUCAUGAAUUUAAGUAACACGAUAAGUAAAAAAAAAAAAAAAAGUGUUUAUGAUGGGGCGAACAAAAUUGUACUGCGUGGUGUUAAGUUCUUAUCAGGAAAAUGCUCAUUUGCACUCACGCUCGCCCCUCUGUGGUGGGAUGCUGUUACUACAUCCACCCAGACUGCUGCCGCCUUUUUUGCCUUCCGAGGCUUUUGUGGUGUUGUGCCAAGUAGAGCGAGCGGCACACUCCCGACAGUGUGUCACUUUGUGUGUUGUGAUGCAAGGGGUGGCGUUCAUUUCAAGUUUAUUGUGUCUUGCCUUGCACUUUACAGACUACUUUAAGAGUGGGGGGGGGGGGGGGGUUAAAUGCGUAUGCAUGUGUUUGUUUACAUGUGUGUAAUAUUAGGUGAAUAAUAUGGAAAUUAUUUAAGAUUAACUAUAAAAGAUGUGAGAAAACACGUGCGCGCAUGCCGGUUGAUGACAUGUGAUCCGUGUCAUUCCUCCUGCUGCUCUGCUGUUGCGCUGGUCCAACAUGUAACUAUGGUAACCAUGUCAGCCAUUUGACGUUUGAAGCCAAAGCUUAAGUGGACUCAUGAAAUAUCUCUGAAAUAUCGAUUAAGAUGUUUGUGCACAGGAUGUGUAACUUUUUGAAAUUCUCAACGUGUUCUGAACAUAUGAUUGCAGCGCGUGUAUUGGUCUUAAAAUGAAAGCUUAUGCAUAUUUAAUUUUAUAAAUGAUUGUUUUAACGUCA